AUGUCACACAAGCACAAAACCUUUUUCAAUUCACCAGAAAAUCCUUGUUUUGCUCUUUACGAGCCUGAACCAUAUGCACUUGCACAACAUCAAUACGUCAAACCUAAACUGAAACCUAAACCAGUGAAACGCGACUACGCUGGUACAAGCAUUUUAGUACCUGAUACUAGUAACCCGACAAGGUGGAAGUUUGAACGUCCUUUGGACACUGUACGCGCUUGUCAUGCGGCUGAGGAGGGCCUGAAACCUCAAACAAGCGUAAAAGGUCGGUUAUCCGCUAAUCUCAAACCCCAAACUCAAUUAGUACGAUCCCAUACAACAGCCUCUGAGCCGGCCCGUCCGCAGCAGGGUUCUUCGCAGCAUCUAGAUGUAGCAGGGAAUGCCUCACACGGUCGUUCGCAGUCUGCUGUCGAGCAGACACGCCCUACUUCUCAUCCCGUACGGCCGAUAUCGUCACAACUGCUGUGUGCUGUCGCUAGUCAAGGCUUUUACCGAAAACCGGCUUCUUUAUCCCGCAAAUUGGUGCCAUUAUCACUGGCUCAGAUCCAGAAAAGCAACCACAAUAAUGCCGCUAAAAUACGCAGCUUAAAAAAUGAAUGA